AAACGAUGGGGCGCACUCGGACGAGCCUGGAAAUGGAUUUCCGGAGCACCGGACGCAGAAGACUUACGUAUGAUAACGACAGGGAUUAACGAUGUAAUCGAUAAUAAUGAUAGGCAGUCCUCAAUAAACAAUCAAGUAUUUGGCAGUUUAGAUAACAUUACCGAAACAAUGGAUAAAAUUAUUGCAGUUGAAAGAGAUCAUUUUAAAUUAGCAACCGAAGAAAACUUGAUACUGAAAAUUUUUAUAAAUUUAGAUUUCAUUAACAAAGAAAUUGAAGCUAUACAUGAGUCGAUAGUACUCGCUAUGUUAGGAAUAGUAAGUCAUAAGAUACUAGAUCCAGCAGAAAUACAUUUAAUAGACGAGUCUCUAGCCAACCAAGGAGUAUAUUCGGAACUACUAGACGAAGCUCUCAACUUCGCAAAGGUGAUAAUCGGUACAGAUAACGAGAUACUGCUUUAUGUGAUAAACAUUCCGAUAUUCCAUCAGACAACAUACGAGGAAUUAAAAAUCGAGGUGAUAUUAAAAAACGCACGAGGCAUUAAAUUGAAGGGAGACAUUUAUUUCCGAGGACCAAACUAUUACUACUGUAGAUUACGAGAUUAAAUUUGAUAGUUUGUUUACAAGAAACUAAAACAUGAUUAUAAACAAUCGUCUUGAGAUUUGCUUUAGAAAGGAAGAUAAAUAUUUAGUCUAGACUUACAAAAUAAUGUCUGUUAGCUAGAUCGCCUUCAUGUCGAAAUUAGGGUCAUA